AUGGUUAGAAAGAGGGCACCCACCAAUCUCGUAAUUCCCAACUACAGUACUUCUUGUCUUCAACUUGAUAAUAACAAGCCAAGUCCAAGAAGGUUAAGGGCAGUGUUGUCCAUAGAAGAAAUACCCCCCAAUGCCCUUCGCCGGAAGACUGACCCAUUGUGGAGAGGAGGGUUCAGUCUAGGGGUAGACUUGGGAUUGUCUCGCUCUGGUCUUGCCCUUAGCAAAGGCUUCAUUGUUCGUCCUCUCUCGGUUUUGGAAUUGCGAGGACAAAAGCUUGAGCUUCGACUUCUUGAAAUUGCAGAAAACGAGGAGGUGGAUGAAUUCAUAAUUGGGCUUCCAAGAUCUUGGGAUGGUAAGGAAACCCCACAAUCCAACAAAGUUCGUAGUGUUGCUGGAAGGUUUGCUGUUCUUGCUGCUGACAGGGGCCUCGGCAAGUCUACUCGGCAAAAGAAAGUUGAUGCCUAUGCUGCUGUGGUGCGCUAUCACAUUUUAUUUCAAUCUCAUGCCGAGGAGAUUUCGAUCUUUUGGGAUUCAUGCCAUGUAAUUAAGGGCUUAAGAUCGUUUUCCACCGUGGUCAAAUGCGUUGCUCAGAAAUCAGAGCUGUCAGUUUCAGUUGGUGCUGGGAGCAAUGCUGCUUCUGAUGAGAGGGUGGUUGUGUUGGUUAUUGGUGGAGGGGGAAGAGAACAUGCACUCUGCUAUGCCUUGCAGCGAUCUCCCUCCUGUGAUGCAGUCUUUUGUGCUCCUGGCAAUGCAGGGAUUUCUAACUCUGGAAAUGCCACUUGUAUUCCAGAGCUUGACAUCUCUGAUAGCUCAGCUGUGAUCUCCUUUUGCCGCAAAUGGGGUGUGGGACUGGUUGUGGUGGGACCAGAGGCACCUUUGGUUUCUGGCCUUGCAAAUGAUUUAGUAAAAGCUGGAAUACCUACUUUUGGGCCAUCGGCAGAAGCUGCUGCUUUAGAAGGUUCAAAGAACUUCAUGAAAAAUUUGUGUGACAAAUAUGAAAUUCCUACUGCUAAGUACCAAACAUUCACAGAUCCAUCUGCUGCAAAGCAAUACAUUCAGGACCAGGGAGCACCUAUUGUCAUAAAAGCAGAUGGCUUGGCUGCUGGAAAGGGAGUUAUUGUUGCCAUGACACUGGAGGAGGCAUACGAAGCUGUUGAUUCAAUGCUUGUGAGGAGUGUUUUUGGUUCUGCAGGUUGUCGUGUCAUUGUUGAAGAAUUUCUGGAAGGAGAAGAAGCAUCUUUCUUUGCCCUGGUGGAUGGAGAGAAUGCUAUUCCUCUAGAAUCUGCUCAGGACCAUAAGAGAGUUGGUGAUGGAGAUACAGGCCCCAAUACUGGCGGGAUGGGAGCAUACUCUCCAGCACCAGUAUUGACAAAAGAACUUCAGUCAGUGGUCAUGGAAACUAUAAUUCUCCCAACAGUGAAGGGAAUGGCAGCAGAGGGUUGCAAGUUUGUAGGGGUUUUGUAUGCUGGGUUGAUGAUUGAGAAGAACUCUGGCUUACCUAAGCUAAUUGAGUACAAUGUACGCUUUGGCGAUCCUGAGUGUCAGGUUUUGAUGGUUCGGUUGGAAUCAGAUCUAGCACAAGUUCUACUUGCAGCUAGUAGAGGAGAGCUAAGUGGAGUAUCCCUGAAAUGGUCUCCAGGGUCUGCCAUGGUGGUUGUUAUGGCAAGCAAGGGGUACCCUGGGUCCUACGAAAAGGGGACUGUGAUUCGAAACCUAGAGGAGGCUGAGAAUGUUGCUCCAACAGUUAAGAUAUUCCAUGCUGGAACAGCUUUGGACUCGGAUGGCAACUUGAUUGCUACUGGGGGACGAGUUCUUGGGGUCACUGCCACUGGAAGAGAUCUUGAAGAGGCACGGGACCGAGCUUAUCAAGCAGUUGAGGAAGUCAACUGGCCAGGAGGGUUCUACCGGCGAGAUAUUGGGUGGAGAGCGCUUCCCCAGAAACAAUUGGCUCCAAAAAAUAAACUGACAUCAACAAAAUGA